AACUGAAGGACAAAACGAAAUACAAUCGACAAGACGAGGGGAUUUUAAAGACAAAACAUUGUUACAAAACAUUAUGGCUGCUGAUUUUGAUUAUAAACAAAUGUUACUUGAGCUUGAUAAAUCUCUAAAAACUGAUGAAUUCGAGUCGCUCAAGUUUUUGUGUAAAGAUGAUGUCAAGAAAAGAGAAAGAGAAAAUGUCAAAAGACCUACUGAUUUGUGGGAAAUUCUGGAGACUCGAGAAAAACUAGGUCCAACAAAUUUAGUGUUUCUGAAGGAUCUUAUUCGUUCUUCUUGUAAUGGUCGUGUAGAUGUGAUGAGGAUAAUUGACAAUUUUGAGAACGGAAUUCCAAAUGAUCAGCAGUUCGUACCUCCUCGGACAGUUUGCCAGCCAUCACAACCAGUGAUGGUGAAUCGUACUCCUUAUCCAGUGAGCCCUUCUAAUCAAAAUGCAUGUAAUACAGUGAAUGUUGACAAGUAUAUGAAAGAAAUCAAUUUCUUAACGAAGAAUUUGGGUAAGGAAUGGCGGUUCUUCAUGAGGACUCUAGGUGUAACCGAUGGCGACAUGAUGUCGGUGGAGCAGGAUUAUCCGCGGAGUUUACGGGAUCAGAUAUACCAGUGCUUGGUACAGUGGAUAAGUGACAAUGGUGGACAGUUUGAUCGGGGGAAAGUAAUAGCCGCACUGCGAGACUCGGCCGUGGAAAGAUAUGACUUGGCUGGACGUAUUGAAGAUCAUGACGUUUAAACAAAAUCUUGAAAGCAAAUGAAUGUUUUUGUGAUACUUUGUAAUGUGAUACUCUGUGCACAGUUAUCUGUUCUUGAUUAUAUUGCAAGUUUCACUAAUCUUUAAACAUUUCUGAACCAAGUUUACUUUUAAACAUUCUAACCUUCAUCUUACUUUACUGAAAAAUGUCCCUCUGUAUAUCUAAAAGCACUUUAAGAUUUUGCUUGAAAUUGGCUGAAUGGUUCUUUAGAAGUUGUCAAUAAAUUAAUGUAAAACAUUAAGCAGCUGUAUAGAAUAUUAACUCUGAUUAGAAUAGCUCUGUUUGAGCUAUGGUAAGCUAACUAGUACCUAUAUGUGCCCAUAUUUGAGCAUAUUCAAGAUAAAUUACAAUGUUUCAUAUUUUUUUUUUUGUGGAUUCCUCAAUUCUAUCCUAUUUUAUGUUUGUAAAUAUUAUCACAUGUAAUUACCUAUAAUAUAUAAUUUUAGAUCACCGAGUCACACAGCUGACAUUAUCUGUUCAUGUCGAUGAUUCCAUAAAUUUUUGAACAUUUCUA